AUGAGCUUAUUAUCAGGCACACCAUCGACGUUGUUGACGGGUCAUACACCUGCACGGUGGUAUCACUUUCGCCCUCGAACUAUUGUCUUGAUACUGUUGCCUUUAUUGUCGUUCGGGGGGGCUUGUGGAACUUGGGGUCUCGCGAGGAGUAACGGUCUCUUGGCAGCUAUUCCAGCGCUGUUCGCGGAGGAUAUACCGGAGCUCCCUGGAACAAAUGCGCCUCUAUUGCUGAGGUAUACGGGGUUUAAGGCAGUCGACUACCGACUUUCGACCCUAGUCGUAUUCUCUGCGCCCGUCUUGGACUUGAGCCAUGGCGAUUUGACGUUAUUCGGCCUCCACGGGUUUGGGCAAUUUGGGGCGGCCUGGACUCUCAUGAUGAUGGAGAGCAUGAGAGUGGGGAAUCGUUUCAGGGCAGGAAGCUACAUCGGCACAGUCGGAGUACUCUUCCAGCAACUAACACUCAUCAGCAUCAGCACAGUUGGAGCACUUUUCCAGAAUCUCUCAUUUGCAGUCGUGGUCCCACUAUGGCUAUUCUUGCAUAUCCUCAUGUCCCCGGUAGCCAAGCCUUUCCCUGGAACCCAUGCGAAUAGAGUCCUUUUAGUUCCGUCCUGGGAUCUGAGAAUCCUUCCAUUUUCGAUAACCCUUGGUUACAUCGUUCCCUCGCUGUUAAUGGCACUGCCAUCACCAAAAAUCGUCGAUCCAUCUUUUCAUCAAAUUUAUAUAGCCUUUUGGCACGCGUUUCCAAUUUGGACGGUCGGUAUACACGCAAUAACUAUACGCACGUCUCAGUGGAUAAUCAAGAAGAUGUGGGACAAGACAAACGGACAGCCCCCAAAGCCACAGGGAACCUCGUAUCUGAAUAAUGUAAAACACGUGUACAGAUUUGUGCUGGCAUUGUGUAUCACUACUCAUAUACCAGUGGUUGUCAUUGCCUUGUUGCCAUCAUGGGUCAUUCCUGCGUCAGCAAAAACUCUGGCAUCUUUGGGGAAGAACAAUAUCCUCAAUAUUUUCGUUCCUUACUUCCCAAAGCCCAAUUACCAGGUGCAGCUCCUGGCCGAAGGCGUUCACACCUUCUUGAUGUGGGAUUUAUAUAUCGGAGCAGCAGCAUUCUUGGCCUGGGCUGUCCUGUUAUAUCGCAACGCCACUAGCGAAAAAGCUAUUGUGGAUCCCAACAAGAGCCUGCCAAUAUACGGGGAGUUAUUCUUGGGCAAUAGACCUGAGGAUGUGCCACUGUGGAGGAAACUGUUCCCGAAGAUCGCGCUUUGGACUUUGGUGUCGGGACCGAUAGGGGCUUUGGCAAUUUUGCUCUGGGAACGGGACGCAAUUGUGAGGCAGAAGAUAAAGCAAGGGCUUUGA